AUGUCUGCGUUUACAAGAGCCUAUUACUCCGGUCGUUAUGAUUGGAUUACGAUGUACCCGAAAAUUCACGAUUCAAUUGAGAAUGCGCUUGGCUCUCGACGUAGGGAAGUCACCAUGGAAAGUGGUUUGGAACAGCUUGAAAGGAGCAUAGGUCAGAUAAUCGAAUGGCUGGAAAGAUUGCUAGAAUACGUCAACGAGGUUAUAUCCCGUGAGGAAUUGCCUUCUGAUGCUGUGGAACGUCGUUUGAUGGAUAUUGUUAAUACCGCUGUAGACUGA